AUGACAAACUUGGACAUCGCGGAACAACCGGAGGUGCUUACCGAAUGCACACCUAUUCCCACUCUGGUAGAGUUUCAUCGAAUUUAUGGAAUGAUUCAUGUCUACCUGAUGCUCUUCUGGUGCCCUCUAGGAGUGCUCUCCAACCUUCUCAACAUCGUCGUUCUCAAUCAACGACGCAUGCGCACCUCCACCAACUUCCUACUUACCUGUCUCGCCAUUUCCGAUGCCUGUCUUAUGUUUCUCUAUGUAAUUUUUGUCUCCUAUUUUGUAAUCGGUGGUAGAAUGCGUUCUUUGCCGUACCCUAUGGCAGUGUACCUUCUUGUGCACGUAAAUCUCCAAAAUAUUCUCCAUAUCUUCUCCUGUGGUAUCAUCAUCACCCUUGCAGUCUUCCGUCUCCUCUACGCUCGUUGCCUUCUUAAGUGCCAACAGCUCUGUAGUCAGCGGCGCGCCGAACUUGCUGUUCUCAUAGUUCUCCUAACCGCUUGCUUUUUUACUAUCCCCUGCAUGAUCUCGCACCACGUGGAGUCAGCAAACUCCGAUUUGGGUCCAGGAGAUUUGGAAUUGAUUUCAGUGCAGCACAUGAACCUCACGCAAAUGUACACUGUUAACUAUGUGGAUAAUAUGAUGUUGCGCGUAUUGGUAUACUGGACAACUGCUGUCUUUGUCAAGCUUUUGCCACUCACAAGCAUGAUUACACUGUCUUCCCUCCUUGUCGUGAGCAUUCACCAGCGGGCGCGAACACAAAGGCGAACGGCUGAGAAGAGGAAGACGUCUGGAAAACCGGUCGGUGGAGAUAACGGUACUGUGGAAGAGACUAGGAUAUUGGCAAGCGUAAAGUCAGACAAUGAAUGGAACGAGGCGGCAACAAAUCCACUGGAAAGAGUGAUUAUGACGGACAGACUGAGGGAACGAUCGCACAGUCGCACCACUCAUAUGCUCUUGGCCAUCAUGAUGAUUUAUAUUGUGACAUACUUGCCCCAGGUGAGUCGAUCCCACUUAAUACGUACUCAUACAAUGUCUUUCAAGUUCACGACUUCUUUUGAGAUUUGA